GCCGGAGCCAGCAGUCCUAAUCAGUCGUGUAAUCCAGGGUUAAUGCCUGCCCCGAAUCAGCAUGCGAGUCCUAAUCAAUCAGCUGGAGGGGGUUUAUUGCCAUGAAUCAGCAAAGUUGAACAUCGCAAUCCAGAGCUGCCUGUAUUAUGGUUUAUGCUUUGGCCGUGGGGCUUCUUUUUCUCUCUUGAAAGCGAGAAGGAGAUUACGCACCUUUGUCGAUGGCAUCUGAAUCGAAAGUCCACCUACCGUCUCAAGAUGCGCCCUGUUCAACGUGGUAAUCACGUGGUACCUCGUUUUACUGCUGUUCCUUGGUCUCGGUCGCCCACUGCUGCGCUGCUGUGGGGAGGUGUGCUCGAGACGAGGGGUGGUAGGUGGGUGACUUGGCUCUGACUGAAUAUUAUGUCCUAGUCGUAGUACAGAGGCAGGAGAGAGAGAGAGACGUAUUCGUCCAUAUUGGCGUUCUACGACGGCCGGUGGCUUAUAUUUGACCGUCCAAGGUGUGUCUGGUAGGAUUUGAUCACCUUAUCUUACCGGAUAUAUGUAUGCGUGUAAACCGGACUCGCGGUGCACUGCCUCAUUUUGAACGAGUUUCCUGGCGCAUAUCCUUGCUUUAACCAUUGGAUUGGAUCAGUCACCUUAUCCCUGUGUUUUACUGAAGUACGGCAGCCGAUUUGUCUGUGAUUGUUCUGAGGCAUGGGCUGGGCAGAUCUGAAUUUAGCUUAGCAGCAGUACAUGUGAAGCAGCUGCGGUGCACGCACCCGAAAGGGAAUCUGAACAUGCCAUUGGGCUCGCACAUGCCGCGAUCCCCCCACUUGGCAUGUCAUCUAGGAAUAUUUUAUCUCUUUUCUUCAGAGGGAAAGGAAUAUUUUUGAAGGGAGGAAUAUUUUAUCUUGUUAGCAUCGGGGCACGCCACCACCACCGUGGGCGACGAUAUAGGAACCCCCUCGUGUUUUCCUUGCGUCGAUGCCCCUGUCGUGCGCCAGCAGAACUAGAGUAAACAUCAUGGGUGCCGGCGGCAGGAUGACGGAGAAGGAGCGGGAGAAGCAGGAGCAGCUCGGCCGCGCCAACGGCGGCGCAGCCUACCAGCGCUCGCCCACGGACAAGCCGCCGUUCACGCUGGGUCAGAUCAAGAAGGCAAUCCCGCCUCACUGCUUCCAGCGUUCGAUCAUCAAGUCCUUCUCCUACGUGGUCCAUGACCUGGUCAUCGUCGCGGCUCUGCUGUACGCGGCGCUGGUUUGGAUCCCUACCCUCCCGACCGUGCUGCAGCUGGGCGCCUGGCCGCUCUACUGGAUCGUGCAGGGCUGCGUCAUGACCGGCGUCUGGGUCAUCGCACACGAGUGCGGCCACCAUGCCUUCUCCGACUACUCGCUGCUCGACGACACCGUCGGCCUGGUGCUCCACUCGUGGCUGCUCGUCCCCUACUUCUCGUGGAAGUACAGCCACCGUCGCCACCACUCCAACACCGGGUCGCUGGAGCGUGACGAGGUGUUCGUCCCCAAGCAGAAGGAGGCGCUGGCGUGGUACACCCCCUACAUCUACAACAACCCCGUCGGCCGCCUGGUGCACAUCGUCGUGCAGCUCACCCUCGGGUGGCCGCUGUACCUGGCGCUCAACGCCUCAGGCCGCCCGUACCCGCGGUUUGCCUGCCACUUCGACCCCUACGGCCCGAUCUACAACGACCGGGAGCGUGCUCAGAUUUUCAUCUCGGAUGUCGGCGUGCUGGCCGUGUCCCUCGCCUUGUUGAAGCUCGUGUCGUCGUUCGGGUUCUGGUGGGUGGUGCGGGUCUACGGCGUGCCGCUGCUGAUCGUGAACGCGUGGCUGGUCCUGAUCACCUACCUGCAGCACACCCACCCGGCGCUGCCGCACUACGACUCGACGGAGUGGGACUGGCUGCGCGGGGCGCUCGCCACCAUGGACCGCGACUACGGCAUCCUCAACCGCGUGUUCCACAACAUCACAGACACGCACGUGGCGCACCACCUCUUCUCCACCAUGCCGCACUACCACGCCAUGGAGGCCACCAAGGCGAUCAAGCCCAUCCUCGGCGAGUACUACCAAUUCGACCCCACCCCCGUCGCCAAGGCCACAUGGCGCGAGGCCAAGGAGUGCAUCUAUGUCGAGCCCGAGGACCGCAAGGGGGUCUUCUGGUACAGCAACAAGUUCUAGCCGCCAAGAUCCAUCAACUGUGCUCGAGAAAGAACUCAGAGAAGAGAUCCUCCCAAGUAAUUCCAUCCAUCUACCUACAGUCCAUAUGGUUAGUCUUUAGAUAGCAGAGGGCAUUUGGGCACAAAAGAAGACUACUAUUACCGUGCCAAUGCUAGAAGAGUUGAGUGGUGCAAGGAAGAGUAGCGUGUCCGUGACUUUGGUCAGUUCCGUCUUUACUUUUUCUCUGCGUUCUAGUCGUCGGCUUAGGUUUGGCCGGCGGUCGUCGUUGGUGUCCGUGGCCGUGGACAUGGCCGCGUGUGUUGUGUGUGCGUCUGUCAUUGCAUUGGCGUCAUCUUCCCCCGUCCGUGUCAUGUUGUUGUAGACCAUUUGGUGUUUAUGGCGGAAUAACUGAUCGUCGAAGGAAGGGCAACUUUUUUGAGUA